CACAGCACAUUUCAAACUCCUACCUAACAAGAACAAUCUGCGCGCAAGGCCGGAGAGCCCAGACACUCUCGGGGAAUCUGAAGGGGGAGGAGAACAGUGGAAAAGGGAAAAGGCAGAAGGAGGGAUUUGUCCUCACGGUUCACAUCUCCUUAUGCGCCAUCCAGACAAACCUCCACUCUGAAAUCUGAAACUACAGUAGUCGGCGGGGUUCACCGAGCAUUUGCAGCACUUUUGCAGUGCCCUUUGUCACUUCACUUUUUCCAGACUGAUUUCACUCCUCCUCCGUCAGAGGGGAUUUCGGCAGAGACGCGCGUCCUGUUACAGUACAUGAUCGCGAGGGAAAACGAUGCUCCCCAUGGCCCUCCACCGCAUCGGCCUGUGCGUGGUGCUUUGCGUCUGCAGCAGCCUCGCCACACCUCCGUAUCUGGACAGCACCAUGGAGGGAAGCACGGAUGAGGAAGAACUCAGCAGCUCCAGUUCCUCCCAGGCCACCGUCGAGCUCUCCCCCGAGAAUGAGACCACGACCCUCGGCCCGGUCCUCACGGCCCACGGGGAGGCGGGCCUCCUGCACCAGCUCGUGACCUUCCUGAGGGAGAACAUGCUCCUCAUCCUCGUGGCGACCACCCUCGUCCUCCUCGUGUUCCUCAUCAUCUGCGGGGCGAUCGUCAUGAGCCGCAGGCGCAAGGUCAACGCCUACUACCCGUCCUCCUUCCCCUCGAAAAUGUACGUGGACGACAGGGACAAGACAGGGGGCGCCAAACCUUUUAAUGAAGUGCAAGAGAAAGCUGCUCUCAUGGAAGAGGCCGAGCCGGUGGACUCCCACAGACAGCUCCAGGCCGACAUCAUGAGGGCCGCCAAGAGCCUGCGCACGCCGAAUAAAUCUGUCGACGCUGCAGAGCGGAGCGACCCCUGUCAGAAAGUAGCAGCAGACCAAAGUCCAGAGGAAAGCUCGAAACCAGAUGGCGGCACCUUGGACGAGCAGCUAGCCCUCGUCCCCGGGGAGAAGGAGCAGUGCGAACUUCCUGACAGAGAUGCGGCCGCAGAGGUGAGUCCUCCAGAGAGGCCUCACCCGGAGGAGGAGGAUUCGGGAGAGCCCGUGAGCGGCAGGAGUCUGCGGCCUUCCUCUCUGCACAUUCACAAUGACUCUGCCACGCUUCAGCUCAUCGCAGGAGAGAAAACCGCCUUCUAGAAAAACUCUGAACACUGUGACCCGAGCGUCUUUCUGUCUCGCUGAACCCGCGGGGGGAUGUUAGUCCAUUAAACCCAGAGGGAUUUUUUUAAUGGUUUAUUAGAGCAAAUGCGGGAAAAACUUGCUAAAUCCCUCUAGAGGCUGUUUUUGCAAUAUUUCAUGUUUUCACUCGAGUUCACUCUGGAUCAUUCUACUUCUAGUUUAAAAUCAGGUUUCAUGGUACAAACGUAUUUAUUUUUCUUUUUUUUAUCAGGGGGUAUCGUUGUGUUGCUCAAGGAUCUCUGAAAUUUAACAUAGCACCCUUGUCUAAACAUUCCCUCAUGCGGCCACUAUUGUAAAUUGUGUGGCCUCAAAUACUUCUGUACAAACCAAUGACUCAUGGAUCAGUUUUUCUACACAUUUAACUACCAGGGAUUGACUUUGGUUUACAACUUUUUUUUCAUAUACAUUGUACUAUACACGCAACUGCACACGUUUAUUAUUAGCAUUACUACAACUGCAUUAAAUUUAAACGGGCGGCCUCGCUUCUCCGUGAGCAACUAAACGGUUAAUAAACUGGACUCAAAUGAUGAUUGACGAUACUUUUAUUGCAGACUAUCAAAGACACAUCUGUAAAUAUCAUAAAUUACACUUAAAACUUAUGGACCCUUUCUUUGUUUCAAGCCACUCUGCUUCACUGCAUAUCAAAAGGUCAGUGCUAAGGGUUACAGAUGGGAUACUUCCACAGCUUCUUUUUUUUUUUUUUUAGCUUUAAUCAAUACCUCCAUCACAACUCCCAAAAUAAACACGA